AUGGCAACCGCAACUACUCAUUUCACUCAAGAAGACACUCAUGAUGAUUAUGCACGCACUACAAUCACUGAAGAUAAAUCAUUUGGUGAUAUUCGCGAUGAGGAAGAGAGUAGAAUGCGUAACUUCACAGUCAACUUUGGUCCUCAGCAUCCAGCCGCACACGGUGUGCUUCGUCUCAUUCUCGAAUUAAACGGUGAAGAAAUUGUUCGUGCUGACCCUCACAUCGGUUUAUUGCACCGUGGUACUGAAAAGUUGAUUGAAUACAAGACGUACAUUCAAGCAUUACCUUAUUUCGAUCGUCUUGACUACGUUUCGAUGAUGACAAAUGAACAAGCUUAUUCCUUAGCUGUCGAAAAACUUUUAAACAUUGAAGUACCCGAACGUGCCAAGUACAUCCGUACAAUGUUUGGCGAAAUCACCCGUAUCUUGAAUCACAUCAUGGCUGUCAUGUCACACGCUAUGGAUGUAGGUGCUUUGACUCCCUUAUUGUGGAUGUUUGAAGAACGUGAAAAGUUGAUGGAAUUCUAUGAACGUGUCUCUGGUGCUCGUUUGCACGCUGCCUAUGUUCGUCCAGGUGGUGUCGCUUUUGAUCUUCCUCACGGACUUUUGCAAGAUAUUCAUGACUGGUCUGAACAAUUUGCUGAUCGUGUUGAUGAAAUCGAAGAACUCUUGUCCGGUAACCGUAUCUGGCAGAUCCGUACUCGCAACGUUGGUGUCGUCACUGCAAAGGAAGCCCAAGAUUGGAACUUUUCUGGUGUUCUCGUCCGUGGCUCAGGUAUCAAGUGGGAUAUCCGUAAGGUAGCUCCCUAUGAUGCUUAUGACCAAGUCGAAUUUGAUGUUCCCAUUGGUCAAAACGGUGACUGUUAUGAUCGUUAUCUCUGUCGUAUGGAAGAAAUGCGCCAAUCUCUCCGUAUCAUUCACCAAUGUGUUAAUAAGAUGCCUGAAGGCGCCUUCAAGACUGAUGACUGGAAGAUCACUCCUCCCCCUCGUGCUGCUAUGAAGGAAAAUAUGGAAGCUUUGAUUCAUCACUUUAAAUUGUUCUCUGAAGGUUUCUCUGUUCCUCCCGGUGAGACCUAUACUGUCAUCGAAGCUCCCAAGGGUGAAUUUGGUGUCUAUUUAGUUUCUGAUGGUACCAACAAGCCUUACAGAUGUAAGAUUAGAGCUCCUGGUUUCUCUCACCUCCAAGGCUCUGACUUCAUGUCUCGUGGCCACUUGCUUCCAGAUAUGGUCACAAUCAUUGGUACAAUGGAUAUUGUGUUUGGUGAAGUUGAUCGAUAA